AUGGAGUCUAAACAAUCAAGCACAGAAGAUUUCUCAUCGGCAAAAGCAGUCUUGCUUGGAGCCUUAGCUCCUGGGGUUAACGGUCCUACUUGGAAUACUUUAAAGAUUUCAUUCUUGAUGCUGGGUCUAUGUCUGGCUGCUAUGUUGGGCUUAGCUUUCUCUUCCAGUGACUCUGCUUUGUUAGAGGAGGUGGUGGUGUUGAGGGAUGGGAAUGGGGAUUUUACCAAGGCUAGUGGUUGCGAGCUGGAUGUGAGUGAUAAGCCCAUAGGACUGGGAGUCAGAUCCAGGAGGUAUGCUAUGUAUGUGGAAGAUGGGGUUGUGAAAAUCUUGAAUUUGGAGGAGGGUGGCGCCUUCAAUGUUAGCAGUGCUGAAGAUAUGCUCAAAGCCCUUUGA